AUACGUUCUGUGGAUUUAUUGUAGUGUGUGAUGGUACUGAAUUUUACCAUAACUGACGGUGUCAUUUCAUGCACAAUCAAUAGGUCAAGCAUUAAUGAAAGCAGUAAAACACGAUUGAUUUCAGAGUGCUUACAUCAUUUGAAAUCUAAAUUGGAGUUAGUAAAAACAACUACUUCAAAACCAUGUCAACUGGCUGUUCUGGUGGCCAACGACUCCAGUUGUAAUCAAAAAACUGUAUCAUUAGCCGAAAAAAUAUAUCGUGAAUUAUGUCAAGUAGAAAUAUUUCCACAUUACACCAUUGAAAAACGUGUUGAAAUAAUAGGUUUCAAUUGCUUGGACACUCAAGUAUUAGAUUCUAAAGCACGAAGACUCUCACCGUGUGUGCGUGUAACGUUUACACUAAAUAUGUAGAAAGUCUUACGUUACUUGGUUAAGCAUCUUGUUUUUAAGCAAUGUAACGACUUUUUUUUUU